GCAUUGGCGUCUUUCUGCUCGCAGACGGAUCAAGCCCUGCAAAUUAACGGCUCCUCUCUACCGAGGGAGCUGGAUGGUGGAAAAAAAGGGGGGAAAACGGGACGGAAGAAAAAAAGAGAGGAUGCACUUAAAGCGUGUGUCUUGAUGGCUCUGAAUGAGCUGACGGAGAUCUCCCUGUUCCUGGCGAUGGAGGAAGGUCUGAUACAUCAACAUGGGCUUCGGCCAUCUCUCAAACUGUGCCUGCUCCUCCUGGACUCAGAAAGCACUCCCCGGGCAUUGUCGCAGUACCCACUCCUAUCCUCUAACCUUCCACUGAGCUUAUUCCACCCCAUCCGCCUGACCUGGAACAGGUAUGCUGCUGGUGUGUUAAGGAUGGAGGAAUCUAGUUUGUGCCUUGGUGUGUCUACGGCGGUACCUGAGGCUGACGCUCACCUCAGCAGUUCUGUUCUCAACGGCCGCUACCCCAUCAGUCAGAAGCUGCACCAGCUGACUGCCCAGCUUGGCCAUGCGUUCCCUGACCUCCAGAGCCGACCAUCCAUCCCAGAGGAGAAGGCUGCUGCGCCACUGGAUGAGAAGAGCCACGCCUCCCUUGCCAACCAGCCAAUCAGCAGCCAGAUGGCACUGCUAGCCAACCAGCUGAACCGUGACAUUGAUGCCACGGCGGGCCUGGGCUUGAACGGCCGUGUGGACCUGCAGCAGUUCCUCAAUGGACAAAACCUGGGUAUCAUGUCCCAGAUGAAUGACAUUGAGGAUGAUGCUCGCAAGAAUCGGAAGUACCCAUGCCCUCUGUGUGGGAAGCGCUUCCGCUUCAACAGCAUCCUGUCGCUGCACAUGCGCACACACACGGGAGAAAAGCCCUUCAAAUGCCCCUAUUGUGACCAUAGGGCAGCACAGAAGGGCAACCUGAAAAUCCACCUGCGGACCCACAAACUGGGCAACCUGGGCAAGGGCCGUGGGCGAGUACGUGAGGAGAACCGGCUCCUGCAUGAGCUUGAGGAGCGGGCCAUCCUGAGGGACAAGCAGAUGAGGAACAGCCACCUGCAGCCUCGGCUGGACCCCAAGCAGCCUUCCCAGCCCCUCCAGCAGCAGCACCUUCCCCUUCAGGGUCAGCAACAGCCACAGCCCACCUCUGCCUGCAGCCUCCUUACCCCAGCCGGUGUGGGUACCGUGCCAGAGAACACAUCCCAGCCGUCGCCCUCCCCAAAGCCGGCCGGCGCCCAGGACGACCAGGCUGCCCCGCUGGCAGGCUUCCGUUGCACAUUCUGCAAGGGGAAGUUCAAGAAGCGUGAGGAACUGGACCGCCACAUCCGCAUCCUACACAAGCCCUACAAGUGCACAUUGUGUGAGUUUGCUGCCUCCCAGGAAGAGGACCUCAUCGGCCACGUAGAAAAGGCACACAUCACGGCUGAGUCAGCUCCGGGCCAGGGCUCCGGCUUUGGGGGAGAGAAGCCCGCCAAUGAGUUUCGCUGUGAGGUGUGUGGCCAGAUCUUCAGCCAGGCCUGGUUCCUCAAGGGCCACAUGCGCAAGCACAAGGACUCCUUCGAACACUGCUGCCAGAUCUGUGGCCGUCGUUUCAAGGAACCCUGGUUCCUGAAGAACCAUAUGAAGGUGCACCUGAACAAGCUGGCCAUUAAGAGUAAGCCGCCCAGUGACACCGAGGUCUCCCUGAGCAUGAACAGCAUGGCCCAGGAGGCACAGGCCAGCCUCUAUUCCCGCUACAUUUCCUGUCUGCAAAGCGGGCUCCUCUCUCCCGACAAGGCGGGACUCUCCGAGCAGCAUCAGCUGCUUGCCAAGGCGGGGAUCGCCAUGAAGGAGAAGGAGAUGCUGGGCAAGCUGCUGGCUCCCGUGGGAGGCCUGGGCCACAGCUUAGCAGAGGGAGAGAAGCGCUCUCUGCUGGGCUGCUUGAACCUUGUUCCCCCUUUGAAGUCCAGCUGCAUGGAGCGCUUGCAGGCGGCAGCCAAGGUGGCAGAGAUGGACCCCCUUAACAGUUACCAGACGUGGCAGAUCGUGGGCCGCGGCAUGACCGUGGACCGCCCCUUCAUGCCGAAGGAGCAGCACCACGGGCCACAUGGCCAGGACGAAGAUCUGGUGAGUGCCGGCGUGGUCUUUGCAAAGGAGAAGCACGAAUACUCACUGCUGGCACCUGAUGGCCACAAGCAGAAGCUGCCCGAGGCCAUACAUGGGGCCAAGAGUGGCAAUGCAGCCACAUACUGCAAAGACGACGGGGGUUUCGAGAGCCACCGGGACCUCGGGCUCCACUGCGGCCCUGGCCAGGGCUUUGAGUAUGCUGUCAAGGACAAGCCCAGUGAAUGCCCUGACUGCGGGCGCAUCUUUAGGACUUACCAUCAGAUGGUGGUCCACUCUCGCGUGCACGGCAAGGAGCGACGGCUCCCGGAUGACGCACCCCAGCACGGGACAGGCCUAGACGAACGCCGUGGCUCAGCUAGCGACCCAGAGUCUCAGUCCAUCAGCCGCUCUACCACCCCAGGUUCCUCCAACGUGACGGAGGAGAGCGGAGCUGGAGGCGGACUUUCCCAGACUGGCAGUGCCCAGGAGGACAGCCCGCACCCCUCCUCCCCCUCCUCAGAUGUCGGGGAUGAGACAGGGAGGCAGGCCGGAAUCCAACCGACCUCCUCGCAGCACCGAGAACGGCCCCUGGGCUCGGCUAUGAAGGACUGCCCCUACUGUGGAAAGACCUUCCGCACGUCCCACCACCUCAAGGUCCACCUGAGGAUACACACAGGUGAGAAGCCGUACAGGUGCCCGCACUGCGACUAUGCCGGCACGCAGUCGGCCUCGCUCAAAUACCACCUGGAGCGCCACCAUCGGGAGAGGCAGAAUGGCGGGGGCUCGUCCUAUGGACAUGGCCCGGAACACAAGGAGGAGCAUGCGGCCAACAAAAGCGGCGUCUUUGCCCGGCCAGACAUCCUGCGAGGUGUUUUCAAGGGCAUGCCAAGCAGCAUGGACUUCAGGGGAGGGCAGCUACUUCCCCACCAGUGGACCUCUCCAGGGAUAAUUUCCCCCAGGGAGCAGGAGCGGGAUCGGCAUGCACACGGCCACAGCCACGGCCAUGGUGGUGCCUCCGAAAAUCCACUGGAGCACCCGAAGAACCAGGAGGCACCGUGCAGCGAGGGGCCGGCCAGCUUCUCGGACCUGGGCCGGGCUUACCAGAGCAUGGUAGGCAAUGGGGUCAAUUUCCAGGGCUCCCUUCAGGCCUUCAUGGAUGGUUUUGUGAUGAGUUCUGUAAAGAAGGACAAGGAGAUGCGGGAGAAGUCACAGCUGCAAAGCCAUUUCAGCACGGACGGCACCGAGGGCCGGACCAAGCGUGGCGAAGGUACAGAGGAGCGGCCAGAGCCCAAGACCCCCGGCGGCAAGCCUGGCAAGCCUGAGAAGUGGCAGUACGAGCCUCUGGACCUGUCCGUCAGGCCUGAUUCUGUAUCGCUUCCAGGCUCCUCGCUCACCAUCCAGGAUAACGUUGCCUGGCAUGGUUGCCUCUUCUGCUCUUUCCAGACGUCCUCUAUGGAACUGAUGGCACUGCACCUGCAGGCAAACCACCUGGGCAAAGCCCGGUGCAAGGACAGCACCUUCCAGGAUGGAAAAAGCACAGGCAAGGAACCAGUGGACGAGUCAUCCUCAGCGAGCAAAUCCCUCCACCCUGGGUAUGAGGGGGUCUCAGGCAAGUUGGAGCAUCACUCAGAGAAGACAGCCCAGCAAGACAUGAUAGCAGCCAAGGAUGCCAGAGGAGAGCCACGGACCCCGGCCUUGUCGAACCACCUGGAGGGCACCGGCACAGGCGGGUUCCACAAUGACUUUUUCAAGCCGUUCGGGAUGUAUGACACACCUUCCGGGGGCCUGCUUCCACAUGGGUUCAGGGGUGUUCCACUGGAGCAGCAACAGCAGCAGCAACAGCAAGAGCCGCCAAAGCAGCCGUCUGUUGAGAUGAUGAGCCUGAAGUUGGCCGGUGCAGCAGCAGGGGGGGGCGAUGAGUCAUCAGCUGACCGGACCACUGGUGCCGACAUGGAAGCUGCCGAGGAGCUGGAGGAUCAGGUCGGUUCCAUGGAGCAUAAUGCCGUGAGGCCGGCUUCCUCCUCUGAUGAAGAAGAAGAAGAGCCAGAGGGAGAGGAAGAGAUGGAGGAGGAAGAGGAGGUGGAGGAGAUGGAGGAAGGAGAUGAGGGCCGCGGCGAGCGUCUUCCAAUGCAGAGUGAGGACUCCCAGAAAGUCACAGCGGCCAGACCGGUUCCAUGGCGCAGCCUGAGCCUGCUGUCUGCUGCGGGCACUACCCAGGGGGCGAGCAGGGCUGAACAAGGCCAUCUUGAGCAGCAGAUGAACAUGCUCUCUGUCCUGAGGGCCUACAGCAACGAGAACCUUGCUGCCUUCAACGGCCUUGGAAGCGGCUCAAACCACACCAGUGGCAUCAAGAGAGUAGACAUGCCCGCUGUAGUUCAUCCAUGGGUAAGAGAGGAGGAUGGCCCACGGCCCUCAGGCGCGCCUGGUACCCCUGGCCCUGGCCCCACCUCCACCCAGGAGUGUCACCUAGCCGACACUGAGAUGCAGGAGGACGCUUUGAAAGACUAGAGCCCCCGCGCCCUGCAGUGGGGGAAGGACACUCAAGCUGCUGUCCAAGUGACGGAGGAAGAGACAGUGAGAAAGACUCCACCUGGAAAGAAGGGCGAGAGCAAAGGCUUUCAGGAACAAGAGCAGAGCGCACAAGAACGGCUCUUUUUGGGGUCACAUCCACCAGCGAGUGAUCUGUGCCCAGCGGUGCGUAGUGACGCCGCAUCCUGCUGCUGUGCUGUUGUCUCCGGAACUUUCCCUCAGCUCGAUCCUUGGUACAACUUGGUGUUUGAGCGGUGUGACGACCCACGAACUGUCUCGGUGGGCCUCAUGUUAAUCGUGGUGAAGGCCGCAGCUGCGCAUGUGCUUGGGUAAAAACUGUCAUAUCCCUGUCACAUUCCUACCUGUGCACCUGCAUUCCCGGUGUCCUGACGGCAUCGUGCACUCCAUCCCCCACUUCGGAGAGCAGUGGGAGCGCUUGGAGGACAGCACCAGCUGCGGACCAGCGUGGAGAAACGCUGCCCAGUGCCAGCGCCAUGCUAAGCCCGCUGGCUGUCCACUGGACAAUCGAGGUGUCUCACAGAGGAUGUUCCUCUCCUGUGCGCUGCUCAGAGGUGGGACUGGCAGGCUGCACUUCCUGUGUGGACCGCUGACUGUCACGGCUGUGACAGUGCGACGGAAACGACCUCCGCGCCUCAGCGAGCCGCCUCUCCUCUCCUGUCCUCUCCUGUCCUCUGACUGGAGCAGUUUGUGUAUAAGUGGUGACUCUCUGUUGUCCACUGUUUGUCCACAUGUAGAUUCUGUAGAUUCUCAGCUAUGAGCUAAGUGUAAUGGAAAGAAAAAAAUCAAUAAAAAUACAAAAUGUUGUGAAUGUUAUAAGCAAAAUCCUGAAGUGACCGUUAAAAAAAAAAAAAACAAAAAAAAAACUAGUUUACAUAAUUGUGUCCAAAAUAGAUAGACAUAUAAAAUUCUAAGAAGAAUAUGAGAAAAGAACUGGGCUUUUUCUUUCUUUAUAUCUACAGUAUCUUAUUAACUUCAUGGACUGUAAUGUUUAAAAUGUUUAUGAAAUACUGCCAACAAUCUAUGUUGCAAAGUGUUAUUGACUACUGAGAUGGUUUUGAUGUAUUUACUUUAAAGAGAAAGAAAUAAAGAAGUCAGUUAUUGUCUAGCCUUAGAUACAGUCGCACACUGUUGCAUCCACAGCCGUCUGUAGUACUGUAGUUGUAGUCACUGUAGACUUAGAACAAGUUGUUUUUCCAGUACUGUACUUUUGCCUUCUGCAUUUAAAAAAUAUGACAAUCUUUUAAUGUCCUGAGAAGAAUCGUAUACCCACUCAUACAUAACUCACUUAGCAUUUAUGUUUCCUCCAGAAGUAUUUUGCACUGUGAUGGUAUGAUGAAGUGCCGGGCGCAGCAGAUCCGCGUGGCGCCAAACAGACUAACCGCAAACAUGCCGUGUCCGUGUGUGUCGUGACAUUGUGCAACGUGUGUGCUUGUCGUGACUCCCAACAGGAUCCCGUAUCUCUCUGAGGGGCUGCAAGGGUCUCGGCGUGAUUAACGGUCACGGCUUCGGGUUGUAGAGGUCAUGGCAGCGCGCAGCGGGUGGCACAGGGACGAAGCCUGGCCAUAGCGUGUGGCUGUGGCCUCAGUCAUCUCACGUGGCCUUUAACAUGAGUGCGGCUCAAGUGAGGAGGACAAAGAAGGAGGGAAAUAAGAUAUGAAGGAGACGAUCCCGGUCCCUAAAGUGUAGGGCAGUAGCUGGGGCUGUGGCUGUGGGCCGCCGGGCAGCUUCUCCCCGCACGUUCCACGGGACCGCGUGCACCCUCUGUGCCCGAUGCCCUGACCUCGCGCCUCUGUUUGCUGUACGCUCAUGGCAGUGCAAGU